AUGAAGAUGUACGUCCACGGCACAAUCGGCGGCGAUGUCCUCUGGUUUGCCUCCUGGCAGCCGUCCGGCGCUGCCGCCACUGUCGGCGUGUGUAUCAGCCUGUUCCUCCUCGCCGUCCUCGACCGAUACGUCCAUGCGUUGUGGCGUGCUUGCGGCGCUGCUUGGAAUAAGGGCAAGGUCGGCUUCGCUUUGCCCGUGACUAGGGGGGAACUGCCUGCUUUCACUUCGUCCUCAUCAGCCGUGGCGGAGAAGCCAGCGCGAGAGCUCGGCCCCGAUGCGUGUGACUGCGGGUGUGGGGGUGAGUGCGGAUCACCGUCUACUGCACCAUGCUGCGGGACGGGCAACUGCGUACCCGAUUAUUCGAGGUCCAGCGACACUCCCGCCGAGAAGGACGCGCUUGCCUACCUCCCUCCCGCUGUACGGUCUAGCCUCGACCCUGCCCGGCCUGGACGCUGGUCGCGUCCCUUCCGGCUCGGGACCGACGUGCCGCGCGGCCUGCUGUACAUGCUCCUCAGCACAAUUCACUUCGCCCUCAUGCUUGUCGUCAUGACGUUCCAGCUGUGGUGGAUCAUCAGCGUCAUCGUCGGCCUCGGAGUCGGAGAGAUGUUGUUCGGUCGCUUUGGCGCCGAACGAGUAUGA